AUGCUGGCCUUUGAAAGUCCAAUCGCAGAAUCCAGUUACUCACGUCAGAAAGCAAAAGAUCUCGCCAAAAAAUUUACACCUGGUGAACUUUGCACUGUUUGUGGUGACGUGGCAUCUGGAAUUCAUUACUCAGUGGCCGCUUGCAACGGGUGCAAAACGUUUUUUCGUAGAGUUGUUUUAGAGAACCGAACAUAUUCCUGUAAAAAUAAUGGCGACUGUAUAAUCGAUAAAUCAAUGAGGUGUUCUUGUCGACAUUGUCGGUAUAAAAAGUGUAUAAUAGCUGGGAUGGAUCGGGCAGAAUUGAGUAUGGAAAGGAGGAGGAAACGGAAAAAGUUAAAUGGGAUAGAAGGAUUGGAGGAACGAUACGAAACCACCAAUCCUUUAAUAAACCUGCUGCUACAUAAGGAGAAAUUAUAUCAGAAACUGUUACACUCUUCUGCAAUGACGAUACACACUUCGCUGCGAGAAGCUCUGGACAUGUCACAAAUUGCUUUUAAUGACACGAACAACAAAUACGACGAUCGUAUGGACCCCAAAUAUCCGACCAACUUCUCAUAUUGGCGAGCCAAAAUCCUGACAGUAUUAGUGGAAUGGGCGAAAUCUUUUGAGGCAAGUAUCUCAGUAUUCAGUCAUCUGCAGCCGGAAGACCAGAAACGGCUGUUCAUCCAUACUGCAUUUUCCAAUUUAGUGUUAGCGGAAGCGUUUCAUACUCCAGAAAAGUAUAAUGAUCGGAUAGUGUUUCCUGAUGGUUUAUGCGGAUUUCGAAAUGUAGCGCAAACAGUGUCUAGUGAUGGCGUUUCUACAAAAACAUAUGGCCUGACACCAACAGUUGUAGCAGUAAUCAAUGAUGUACUCGUUCCAAUUCGGAGGAUGCGGCUCACAAAAGUGGAAUAUGUCUUGCUGCAAGCCAUCAUCUUUUUUGAUCCAGACUGUCUAUCAUUGACAAAACACGGUUCCCAGCUGAUUGCUGCCAAACGGAGGAGACUUUUACACGCCCUUCAAGAUUGGCUUCAACAACAAAACAAGCAUGAAGCCGCAGGAAGAUUCGCCGAAAUCCUGCUCAGAAUAUGUAAUGUACAGAAAGUUGCUGCCUUCAAGCGAGAAACGUUAUGUACCAUCGAAACCUUUGAGUUGAUGCAGCCUCAUCCGUUUACAAUGGAGAUUUCGAAGAGUUAUCCGGAUUUUUCCUAUUUCUAG